AUGAAACUCGCAGUUGCUGUAUUGUCAUCAAUCCUGCUUGCAUGCUCGGUUACUAUUGCCAAUCCAAUUGAUCCCAGUGCAACUACAAGUACCGAGUCUAGCACUUCAACCUUCAUUCCCAGUGCAACUACAAGUACUGAGGCUAGCACUUCAACCUUCAUUCCCAGUACAAAAGGUAUAGGUAUAAGUGGUCUUGACCCACUUCCAGGUAACGUCAAGCAUUUGCUCGACAAAUACGUAGAGAUAAAGGAUGGUCGUAAUCAGCAAAGAAAAAUAUAUUGCCCGUUAAAAUCUCGAUAUGAUAGUCAAUAUGAAGUGGUAAUAAACUUGAAAGGUAAGAUUGAAGUUCUGGAAUAUCAAUCUCGAAGAAACGGUGGCAGUUCAAAACACAAUGAUAUAGUUCAAAAGGCUAAGCUUGAUCUUGAACACCAAAGAUCCAAAUUUGCCAAAUUUCGAAAAGAUCUUGAGGCGUGCCAGUCCGAGAUUGGUCGUCUUGUAGAAAAAAAAUGGAAAACCGAUAAACGGAUUGUGGGUCUCGUUUUCGGAACCCCUGUGAAUAUUGCAGCAGUUCCUCACCAAACUUUUCUUAUCAAAGAAGCGCCUUCCGUUAAAGAUUACCUUGAACAACAAUUAUUAAAAUACGAGAGUGUUGACCAAAACCCUAGUGAUCAAGAAUAUCAAAAUCCUAGUGAUCAACAACGUCAAGACUCGCAAUCGUCAUCAAAUACACCAUCUGGAUCUGGAUCCUCUGAACAGGAAGCUCCACCCAAUAAACGGAAAAGGGUUUCCAAGCUUAUGGAUGGAUUGAAAUCACUCUUUCAGCGACCCAAACGUGAGGAUCUUGAACCAUUGAUUUGA